AUGGCCUAUGACGAAUACAAGCGAGAGACCACACAGUUGACUCCUUAUCCUCUGCCCGUUGAGCAACGUUUGAGAUUAGCACUACACUACACACAUAUAUCACCAGACCCAGAGACCGCAUCGGGUUAUUUCGUCGAUGCUAUUAAAAAGGCGGAAGAGUUGGGAAUGGACCCCUACAGUAAGGAGUUUGUUGGCAUUCGGAUCCGCUUUUCUGAAAUGCUCGAGACCUUCGGCCACAUGAGAGCUGCGAUUGAGAUCCUUAAUGAUGUCACAAUGGAGUUUGAACAGCGGCUGGCUGAACUCGACGAGGGCAGAUCUCCUGCCGGAGAAGUUGUCACUGACGAACUGCGGACAGACCUACGCCAGCAGCUGGUCAAAACCGUUGUUCAGGCCAAAGUCAAACUGUCGUCUAUGUGGGAAAGCGAGUACAUGCAGGACUCAAACAUGGCGAAGCAGACUCUCUCAGACGCCGUAGGUUUGAUUGUGAAGGAGACCAAGGAUCCCCAACUCAAUGGCUUCACUGACGACAACAGCGCCGGCCUGUCGACAGGCGAAAUUGCAGCCAUACUGUCCCAAAUGGGUGACCUGUAUGCUACCACCGGCGAGGAAGCAAAUGCCGUCCAGGUAUACAUGCUCGCGCUUCAACCACUGCGGCAAGCAUGUAACGGCUCAAAAUCCUGUAAAGAGGUUCAAGUACUGAGCAAUAUCGCUUCCACAAUGGAUGUUGCUUUGAAAAAGCCAAACGCAAAGGUCAACGGAAAGCCAGUCACCGAAUCUUCUGCAGCUGCAGCGAGGAAGGCUAUCUUGAAAUGGGCUGACCAGGCUAUCGGCACAGCGGAGGCCGUUAGGCCCGAAGAUCGUGACUCGAUCUGUGAGCUUGCGCUGCUGUCGGCACAGAUGACCCGCGCAGAUAUAUUGCUGGAUAAUGGCGAAAAGGCGAAGUCUCGGGAAGCAUUUUCGAGCCUGUUGCCGAUAUUGAGGGAGAAGAACCUUACGCCUUUGGUCAAAGUGGCCGAGCAGGGUUUAGAGAAGGCCAGUGGCUAA